GGAACAGCUGCCAGCCAUGUAACUAACAGCAGAAUAGCAAGAAAUAAGCAGUGUUAAAGUGCAUUCUGCAGGAAAAAAAACAUCAUCUGGGUUCAAUGGGUCUCGUGGGUUCUUCGCUGCAACAACCAGAAGGUAUAAAUUCAGAGCUUGAACGUGGCAGAGCAUCAGUUCACCAGCUGGACAAACUGCUCCAACUACCAAAUCCUCUGCUGUGACUAACAACACACUCAUCACCAUGGCCAGGAUCAUCUUCUACGAGGACAGGAACUUCAUGGGUCGCUCCUAUGAGUGUAGCAGCGACUGCUCUGAUAUGUCAUCCUACCUGAGCCGCUGCCACUCGUGCAGGGUGGAGAGCGGCUGCUGGAUGGUGUACGAUCACCCCAACUUCAUGGGAAACCAGUAUUUCCUCAGGAGGGGCGACUACGCCGACUACAUGAACAUGUGGGGCUGGGGCAACAACUGGAUCAGGUCCUGCCGCAUGAUCCCAAUGUACAGGGGCUCGUACAGAAUGAGGAUGUACGAGAGGGAGAACUUCAUGGGUCAGAUGAUGGACGUGACUGACGACUGCGACUCCAUCAUGGAUCGCUACCACUGGUCAGGCGGAUGCCACUCAUGCCACGUCAUGGACGGCCACUGGCUCAUGUACGAGCAGCCCCACUACAGAGGCAGGAUGUGGUACUUCAGGCCCGGAGAGUACCGCAGCUUCAGGGAGAUGAUGGGAACGAGCGGAAUGAGGUUCACGAGCAUGAAGCGCAUCAUGGAUUCCUGGUAUUAAACAAAUCCAUUUCUGUAAUGUGCAAAUACUGAAUAAAAUCUUUAAAAAAGAAUUUACUGGUCUAUGUUUUGUGCUAACUCCUGUAUGGAUGAAGAUGAGCGAUGGAAGGCUGUUUAAUUAUCAUGACACUAUUAUAAUUAUAGUACACCUCUAGAAACCUCUAGAACAGGGGUAUUUAACUACGUACCAUCCUUGGACCACCAUCUAUGUAAUAUUCCUAGCUUACAAAGGUCAAGAAAAUACUAUAAUAAGUAAUAUGAGUGGUGACAGCAGUUACCAUUUAGUGCUUGACUAUUAAAGAUUCGUUUGAGGAU